AAAUUUAAGGAUAAAAUCAAGAGAGAUAAAAGCCUGUCUUCACCAUCAAAAAAUCAGACCAUGCAACCUACCGUGGAUUAUUAUAUUAUUAAAGAAUACCGGAAACCAGAUCUCGGAGACUUCACAUUGGAGGAAUAUACUGAGAAGGUCAUACAGUAUGGCUACCAAAUGUUGUUUUCAAUCUCAUUCCCUCUGGCACCACUAUUAUUCUUUCUGUCCAUUUUAUUCGACGUGCAUGUGGAUGCCAAGCGCCUGCUGUUGAUGUACAAACGCCCCAUUGCCUUUAUGGCUCAGGAUAUCGGUCAGUGGCUGACUGUUUUGGAUCUAAUAAAUGGCGUGGCAAUAGUGACCAAUGCCUGCAUGAUUGCGUUUAACACAGAGUUUGGGAGGCAUAGACCCUUUCAUGAACAAUUGAUCAUCCUGAUAACAAUUGAGCACGGAGUGUAUAUAGUGAAAUUUCUGCUAUCAAAUAUGAUACCAGAUGUACCGCAAGACAUACAGCUCGCAAUGAGGAGGGAGAAAUAUCAAGUGGCAACAAAAAUGAAAGGUUAUUCGAAGAGCCUUCAUCGAUUCGGAUGAUUCGAGCAAAAACCACAAUAGCGCUUGAGGGAAAAUGGGAUUGCCUUCCUGGAUACACAAGAGACUGUAGAUGCUGGAACCUGGAGCAACGAACAAUCUGCUGGAGGAACUCAGUGGGUCAAGAGGCAAACGUGCAGGGAAAUGGACAGUCGAUGUUUUGGGU